ACAGACCAGUAAAUAAAUACGCGGAACACUCAACUCUGACAAAGCCGACAAUUUUUAACUUUUCCCAUGUAUCCAAUACUAUUACGAUAAACUUAACAUUAAGUUCACAGUAAUAGUAAUUCAUUCUUUAUUCAAAUUCGUAAAGAUCAUGUGGUCUUUGAUUAUUUUAACAAUUUUAUCUUUUUUCGCGUACCUGUUAACUGACGAAUUAAUACCUAAGUUAAAAAGUUUGUUUAUAAAUGCAGGCUUAUUUGGAAUCGAUUUAUGCAAGGUAUCUAAGGAGAAAAUCCCAGAAGCAAUUGGAGUGAUUUCAGGAUGUGUGUUUCUGAUAACAAUUUUGUUAUUCAUACCAAUUGGCUUUGGAAACAGCCUAAUGGAUAGAGGCAAUUUCCCACACAAUGAGUUUGCAGAACUAUUAGCAGCCUUAUUGUCAAUAUGUUGUAUGCUACUGUUAGGAUUUGCAGAUGAUGUGUUAAAUUUAAAAUGGAGAUAUAAGUUGCUACUGCCAACCAUUGCUUCACUACCAUUACUUGUUGUGUAUUAUGUCAACUUUAAUUCUACAACAUUUAUUGUACCAAUACCUCUACGGCAAUUUUUUGGAAUAUCGGUGAAUAUAGGUUUACUUUAUUAUAUUUACAUGGGAAUGCUGGCAGUGUUUUGCACCAAUGCAAUAAAUAUUCUAGCCGGAAUAAAUGGGCUUGAAGUAGGACAAUCAGUAAUUAUUGCAAUGUCUAUAAUAUUUUUUGAUUUUAUUGAGUUGAGUGGGGAUCAGUAUAAAGCUCAUAACUUUUCUCUUCAUAUAAUGAUUCCAUAUCUUGCCACAACACUGGCUUUAUUAAAACAUAAUUGGUACCCAUCCAAAGUUUUUGUAGGUGAUACAUUUUGCUAUGUAUCUGGCAUGACUUUUGCAGUGGUUGGUAUCCUUAGCCAUUUUAGCAAAACUGUGCUAUUAUUUUUUUUGCCUCAGAUCAUAAACUUUUUAUAUUCUGUACCACAACUUUUCCGUAUUGUACCUUGCCCCAGGCAUAGACUUCCAAAAUAUAGUGCAGAAACAGACUUACUGCAAGCUAGCAGAACAGUUAUUUCAAAAAAAGACAUGUCAUUCUUGACUAAAAUUGUUCUACAAGCUUUAACUUUACUGAAGUUAGUAGAUAAAAUAGAAGAUAACGAUAGUAUAAUACUAAAUAACUUGACAUUAAUAAACCUGGUUCUGAUUAAGUUGGGACCAAUGUCAGAGAUUCAAUUAACUAAAACUUUGUUAAUCUUUCAGUUUUUUUGCACAUGUAUAGCAUUUUUAAUAAGAUACCCUAUGGCUUCUUAUUUCUAUGAUGUCAAUAUUUAUAAUUUAGUAUAAAAUUAGCUAAAAUACUUGGUAUAAAAUUGCAUAUCAACAAAGUAAAUAAAUGUAAUAAAUAAAAUGAUUCUAAUAGUAGUUCUGUCCAUAUAACAUUUUUUUGAGUAGAAAAGUAUAGCACUGUUUUGAGACUUUGGAAUGAAGUAAACUUGAAAGAUUUAUGUACAAAAAAAAUUGGCGCAAUUAUAAAGAGGUAAAUGAUUCUAAAGAAAAAUCUAUUAUUACAUAGUGUAGUAACUGAUUCAUCACCAUAAUACCACCUUUAUAAUUUAGAGCUUAGAGCAAAUUCACAUUGGAUGUUACUGAAUAGGCAUCUAAAAAUUUUAAGAAAAAAGUAACUAUAUUAAAAACUUGAAAAUAUAUUAUAUAAUAGUUUAUAAGCUUUAACAUAUUGUAAGUAUAUGUAUAUAUGGAUUUUAAGGCCAAAGCUGUGCUGUGCAUUAAAUUGUUAAUAUAAUUUUCAAAUGAUAA